AUGGCGGAGGAGGCAGAGGCGCCGGAGCGGGCGGAUGGAUUCGUUUUCAAGCAGCACUCGGUCAAGAUAAGGUAUAAGAGGGACCAGGAGACGCGUAUCGGGUCUCUCAAGCCUCUGGACACGGCCAUCCUGGAGGCAACGCGUCUCGCGCAGGAGCCCGCCCCAAAGCGCGCUCGCGGGCGUAGGGCAUCCGGCGCGCAGGCGGACGAAGGAGCGGAGCUCGUCGGAGUCGAGGAGGCCGUCUGCUUCACGGGAGCGGCCGUGCAGUCCCUCCACUGGCUACCGCACCUCCUUCCCGGCACAGCGCACGCAACCAGUUCGGCCCCGCAGGCCUCCCACGCGCUCCUGGCCGCGUCGCUGUCCUCCGCUCGCGACCUCAGCAUCGUCAUUGGCGACAAGGUCGACGGAGCGGGCGUCAUUCAGCUCUGGACGGUCGCCAGCGCCGCAUCUGUCCCCGCUGGGUUCACAGCGCCCUCCGGCGCGGCCCCCCACGGCGACGCAACGUCCCCGCUGCGCCUCGUCCACUCCAUAAAUCACGCCGACGGGGUCGCGUGGGGCGUGCGGUGGCGUCCAGGGCCGCCAGACGCGCCCCUCGACCUCGCUGCCGCACACAGCAGCCACGCCAUCGCCGUCUACCGGGUCACCGGCGGCGAUCCCCGCGACGGCGCCGCGUGGUCCUCGCGCGUCCUCACGCGCUCGAUGCGCGCCGGGCAGGUCGGCUGCAAGCCCUCCUCCAUCGCGUGGCUGGACCGCGCACCUUACGACGUGUUUGCGGUGGGUGGAUGGGACGGGUCCUUCAUGCUGUUCCGCCUCAGGUGCGCAGCCGCGGGGAGCGCGCCUGAAGACGCGGCGCUCGAGGGGCUGCUGCGCGUGAAGGCGGACAAGCAGGCGAUACGGUCGGUGUGCUGGCUGCCGGACUUGCGGCGUCAGGGGGGGGAGUCAGGGGGCGCGGGCGCCGCGGACGCGACGCCGGGGCUGCCGCGGGGCGCCGUGCUGUCCGUGGCCGGGGACAGCAGCCAGAUGACGCUGUGGGACAUGCAGAACUGCUUUGUGCCGCUGGUGCGUCUGCCGGCGCCGUCGCGGGCCUGGACGCGCGACCACUGCUGGGCGACGCGGCCGUACGUCGCGGCGCUGAUGGCGCAGGACGACGGAAAGGCAGUUGCGGUGAUUAGUAAGUCUUCGGAGGAGGUCUCCAACCCCAAGGACGCACGAAGUCACGUCAUGAUCGACGGCGACACCCUCGGGAGCGCCAACGCCAUCGAUGUCAGCGGCGACGGUCGUACCGUGCUCGUUGCAGGCGAGGACGGCGAGGCGUUUGUAUUCGAGAUUCAGGAUAUUCUGUCGCGCGGCCGGAACAGGUCUAAGAUCACGCCUGUGGCGUGGCAGCGCUGGACGGGCCGCGCGCUGCAGCUCGGGGGGCGGCCGCGGCGGUCCGUGGACGUGCAGGCGAUGCGGUUCCUGCGCGCACCGGCGAGGAAACCUCCGGAGGCGGCGCCGGGCGUUGGCGGCAUGCCAUGGGACUGCGAGGUGGUGCUGUGCGCGAAGUGGGGGCCGGAGGUGGAAGGGCAGGGGACGUGGCUGGCGCUCGCCGGGCGUGCGGGGCUGAUCCGCUUCAUCUUGCACGAGUAG